UCCUCGUCCAGGAGCUUUGUGUUGCUGUUGUCGUCGCCGUGUUAUUCGCCGCGCUGCUGCGGUGCGGGAGCGGAGGCCGGAGGGAGCAGAAGCCAUAAGAUGAAGAAACGCUAUGUGGACGCGAGCAGGCUACGGAAAAUGAAAAAAAUCAAAAUCACGGAGAAGCUGUCUGAGAGUGCGUACACCUUCCUGAAGUUUAUGAUAAUGUGGACGCUGGUGCUCCUGGCAGAUUUCGUACUGGAAUUUCGGCUGGAGUACCUGUGGCCAUGCUGGCUGUUUUUUGGGAGCGUGUACACUACUUUCCACUGCCACGGGCUGGUUAUUUGUGUCGUGUUUGUUUGUGCGGCGUUCACGCUGGACAUCUUUUGCCUAAUUUUUGUUCCGCUGCACUGGCUCUUCUUUGUGGCUAGCACCUACGUAUUAUUCAAUUACAUAUGGCACACAGAGAAAGGCAUCUGCAUAUCGACAGUGUCCCUGUGGAUUCUGCUCGUGUACACAGAGGCUUCGCUUCGUCUCAAAGACCUGAAGAACUCCCAUGCCAACCUGUCUCAUCUUUUCGCUGCACACUGCAUCGGAUACCCGGUAGUAUAUCUGGGGUUUGAUGCCACCUGCUACUUCACCAACAUCUUCAAGCUGCGCACACAGAAAGCUGUGCAGAGUGAGAACGACUUCCACAUGCACCUCCUGCAGCACUCCCUCCCUCCAGGCCUGCAGCUGUACUCCAAGACUGCCACAGAUGGCAGCGGCAACUCCAAAUGGAAGACCAAACCUGAGUCCAGCCAGUAUCAGUGCCAGAACGGUGCUGUGGUGGCCCACGACGAGGUGCACACGGUGGACUGCCUCCAAAUCCGCAGCGAGGACAGGGCGACGGAGAAGGGAGCGCAGGAGGCGAGGUCAGCUGACUCAAACCGGCGAUCCUCGUCCUCCAAAGUUGGCGGCGGCGAGUCCAGAGAUCACCUCUACAGCGCAGCAGCAGCAGGGGGGGCAGAAUCCCCCGCCACCACAGAAAAUCUACCUCAAGAGGAGCCAGGCAGUAAAGCGGCGCGGGCAGCUAAGAGCUCCUCGCCAAAAACCCGCAGAACCAACACUAACACUUCCUCACCGUCCACGGGAAGGACGGACAAGAAACAGAGAUCCAACUCGAAAACAGUCAGCCCCAACCGGGACAUGACAGACAAGAGCUCAGCAGCCAAUCACAGCCACCACGCCGAACAGAUGACCAAGCUGGAGCAGGAGCUCAGGCGGCUGAAGGCGGAGCUGCAGGCGAGCAGGCAGAGCGAGCAGGAGCUGCGCAGUCACAUCUGCAACCUGACCAACAGCGAGAGGAGCCUGAGACCAGAGGUGUCCCUGCUCAGACAGUCCAACAUGCUGCUCCAGAGCAAGAUUCUGUGUCUGACCAAAACCAAGCAGAGGGACAAACAGACGAAUGCGAUGCUGGAGAAGAAGACCAGAGCAGAGACAGAAGCCAGACUCUCUGUUGAGAAACAGUUGGCUGAGCUUCAGGCCCAGAAACUGGAGGAGGCAGCCAGCACAGCACGCAGCCUAACAAACAGGCAGGAACACACUGAAACCCAAAUGUUAAGGAAAAGAGUAAAAGAUCUAGAGACAGAGUACAAACAACUACAGCUGGAGUGUCAAGUGAAAGAGAGUCGUGUGGUAGAGCUAGAGAGUGAUGUUGAGGCUUUGGGAAAGUACCGCUGUGUGGAGCAAGAGACGGACAUGCUGUUGUCCACUCUGUCAGCCAUGCAGGAGAAAGCUCAGCAUCUGGAGUACAACCUGAGUGCUGAGACUCGCAUCAAACUAGACCUGUUCUCAGCGCUGGGAGACGCUCGCAGACAGCUGGAAAUCGCACAAGGUAAAGUGAUGAAACAAGACAAGGAGAUAAGUGAAAUGAAGCAGAAGAUCGCAGAGGUCAUGGCCGUCAGUCCCGGCGUGUCGUACAUGACUCCACGACCUCCGGUGCCGCAGUAUCUCACCAAGCUCCUCAACUCCGAGCGCUACAUGCUCAAUCCACGAGCGCUGAUGUACCAGUGUCUUAAGAAAUAGAGGGAUGUCAUCGCCUUUCCGAAAAGCCUCAGAACUCCUCGGCCUCAGCCGCCUCUCUCGUGAAAAAAAUAAAGGAGGACGCCUCAUGGAUGACGUCACAGAACUUAACGACACCGUGAAGUCGUCCGCUUCCAGCCGUGGGUGGGACCAGAGGGAGCGUCGCUGAAGAGGACGUGUCCCCAAGCCUCCACAAGUCGAAUGCCUUUUGCUGCAUUGCUGGUGCUAAAUUGACAUUGUUCUAUAUAUUUCCUCUUUUCUGUCACAUCUAGGCUUGAAGAAUUUCACUCCAAAACAAGAUCCCUACUAUUUGAUGUUGCUCCUAGGCAAGAUUUUUAUGUAAAAAUGUAUCUUGUCAGCCUAAAUCACAAAGUGCAGCUGCAACAAGGAAAAACAUAGCCCUGCCUUACUUAAAGGGAGACUGUGCAGUUUCAGAUGGGAGCGCACACCACUUUGUGAACAGAGGAUGAAGCUGAGAAAGGAUGUAACCCCUCAGGUUCAUGCCAAGACUAAUAACCCAUAGAAUUAAUGAAACACCUCUAAAUGCUUGUAUUGAGUCUAAUUUUUUGAUGUCAAAUGAACACAAAAGCAUAAGCAAUGGAGUGAAAUGCUCAUAUAUUUUGGGUUAUGAUCGCAGAAAAGAGUUCCUGAGGCCUUCAUUCUUUACCGCAUCGUAACAAGGUAGGGUGCCCAACCCUUUGAAACUGCAUGGUCUGCCUUUAAGUGACAUUGUGUUGUCAGGUAGAGUCACAUCUCUGCCUGCAGGAAGCGAUGAAUCAAAAUUUCAUGGGGAAAUCCAGAUCCAUAACAGCAGUGAUUAGAGCUCCAUCCAGAGAAAGCUGGACUCACAUUAGACCUUUGCCUCUCUCGUCCCUUUGGUUUCCUUUGGUAUCAAGCGUCACAGAAUGGCUGGGAUGGCGAACAUAAGUCUGCUGUGUGCAGUGCUAUGACGUCACAUUGAUAUGAUUUCUCAGCAUUGAUUCUCUGUUACUUCUUGCUGCCAUUAGGGGGCGCCAAUGUGUGACGUUGCCUUGUGCAGCUUUAAAAAUCUCUCAUCUCUUCCUGCAAAGUGACUACUGGCAUGAAAGUAAAACUAAAGAUUAUCAUAGUCCUCCUUAAAUAUCACAAGUCUUUCACUUUCAAAGUGUUACAAUUUUAGAGAAUACAGUGUUUUUAAUAAUUUUUAAAAUCUUGAGCAAUGACUAAGUAAGUUUUUCUUAUUUAAAAGUUGAAUAUUCAGUGCAUAGCCUUUUUUCUUUAAAAAUAUUGAGCAACGAACAUCAAGAAGUAAUUUUUUUCCUUUCCAGAAUGUGGAUGUAAAGCAUUUUGGAUUGAGGCCCUUCACCGGGUUUUGUCUUUGUAUGAAGCCCCACGGCUGCAGUGUCGUGGAUUCUCUUGAGAAUAAUUAGUGGUGAGGUUUUGUCAAUUGAGCCGAUAGUUGGAAGAGAUGAAGUAAACUGAGCUCGGCAUGAGCAGCUCUGUUGUUAUGCUCUUUUCCUCUCUAGCUUUAGCUAAACACCCAACAGUGUAUUCGUUGUAUAUUUUGCUGUUUGGCAGGCCCCGGCCCAGACUGCCAGACUUUAGGACAGGAGUGAAGGAGGUGGAGUAAAGAUGGCCGGUGACUGAUCGGUGGUCAACUACAAUUUGAACUUGUCCACGAAGGAAAGUGGAUUUGUGAAUAACAUAGAAUGGUAUUGACCAAAAAUAAUGGUUGUGAGAAUUUCUCAUGAAUUUGAUUACUGUGCCUAUAUACAUUACUUUCAAACUGGGAAGUAAAACACUAAUUUAAUGUGAAAGAGUAAUGUGUUUGAAUUGAAGUGCUAUGUACUGUUUUUGUAGUCUUUUUUACUCCGUGUAAAGAGUGGGAGAAUACCCCGUACUGUUAACACAGCUGAAAAACACUCAUGAAAUAUGGAUGUUGCUGUUUUGGUAGCUUUUUGUUUAGACUGUGUUUCUAGGGUGUUUUAUAUGAAAAAUAUUUUUUAGUCUUGAUGUACUUUUAUUAUACUGCUGUAAUUUUGUACGGCAAUGUGUUUUGUCAGCAUGAAAUGUGUUUUAUUCAAUAAUUUCUUUGAGCACACAUUGUGACUUGAGGUAUGUAUAAUUAUGGAUAUACUUGUACAAGGGCUACUGUUUCUUAAAAUUUUGAUCAAAUAAUUGCUAAUUCAGACAACAAUGCUUGGAGGGUUGUUCACAUUCCUGAUAUACUGGGAUGGGGUUUUUGUAUAAAUAAUUCAAAUGACAUCUGUA